AUGACCGAUUUAGAAGAGGAGGUGCUUAUUCAGUAUAUAAUUGAUAUGGAUGAGAGAGGGUUUGUAUCUAAAUUAAGUGGUGUAGAAGAUAUGGUGAAUUAUAUUCUUGAAUUGCGGAGGGCAAAGAAGGUUGAAAAGUUCUGGGCUUAUCGAUUCGUAAAGCGUUAUACAAAAUUAAAGAUGCGUUUUAGUUGUGUCUAUGACUUUCAAAGAGCUCUUUACGAAGAUCCCAAGCUUAUUGAAGACUUUAUGAUGGGUAUAAUAUGCCCUGGAAUGGUUGUAAUUAGUGCUGAACAAAAUGGCAGAAACAAGGCAAUACAAUCAGGCAAUCGAGAGUGGGCUACAGCAAUUAUAUAUGGUAAUAAAGAGAGUAAAACUAUACCUCCAUUUUUAGUAGUUCAAGAACAAGUUUAUCUUUCUAAUUGGUAUAUCGAAACCGAUUUUCCUGUGGAUUGGGCUAUUAAACCUACUUCCAAUGGAUAG